ACAUAUGGGGAGUACUGGGUCCUCCUCCCUGCAGUACACAACAUUCAGGACUACCUACAUCAUGUUCAGCCACAAACUGCAUGUCUGAGAACUUUACGACCUAGAUCAUCGCGGGAGAUACCUGCCAUCAUAACGCUACAAACUGGAAUUACUUCGGUCUUAGUACAUUUAUAAGUCAUGGACCUUACAACGACAAAGCCGCUAUGGCAAGCCUUGGGUGAUCUUACAACAGGCUUCUACAAGGACCCGUUUCCAGAGGGUACCACAAUGACCGUACCUACUCGGAGGGAAGCAUUUACACCGGAGGAUUCAGAAUUAUGUACAAGAACCAGUUGGGUGGACGCUAAGACGGCGUACAAAGAGAUAAAGAAGGGCAAAGCCAGUGGGAAUACUUGUGCAUUAUGGUUAAGGUGGCAUUUACAAAAACAAUUAUUCAAUCUUGGAUGUUUUAUUGAAAGACACUGUGGAAAAGUACUCUUUGUUGGAUUAUUAUUACUAUGUUUAUGCUGUAUUGGACUCAAAACUGCUACAAUAGAGACCAAUGUGGAAAAACUUUGGGUGGAAGAGGGAGGCCGUUUGGACCAGGAGAUAGCUUACACCCAAAAACAUUUAGGAGAAGGCAGUGGGAUUACAAAUGAAAUUGUCAUACAGACACCAAAGAGUGGGAAAAACAUAUUAUCAAAAGACUCAUUAUUAUUGCAUUUACGAACAGUAUUAGCAGCUACUCAGAUAACUGUAGAUAUGUAUGAUAUUACCUGGAGGUUUAGUGAUCUGUGUAAUAAACCAAGUUUUCCUUCAUUUGAAGAUAGCCUAGUUGAUCAGAUGUUAGAACCUCUGACUCCUUGUGUGAUAAUUAGUCCAUUAGAUUGUUUCUGGGAAGGUGCCAAACUUCUAGGACCAGAUCAUGCUGUGAAUGCAGGAUCAAGUUUUCAGUUCGGUGGCUUAAAAUGGACCAAUCUGAAUCCAGAGCAUUUGUUGUCCCAGCUCCGCUCCAUGGGGAACAUUUUUCCAGUUCAAGCAAUAGAAGAUUUUCUUGCUAGGGCUGGAAUAACAACUGGGUAUGUUAGAAAAUCCUGCUUGGAUCCCACAGAUCCAGAGUGUCCCUUCACAGCACCAAACAAAUUAUCUCAACAGGAACCUGACAUAGGUUCAGAGUUGACAGGGGGUUGUGAUGGGUUUGCCACAAAAUAUAUGCACUGGGAGGAAGAUCUGAUUGUAGGGGGAGUUCAUAAAAACAGAAGUGGGCACAUAGUCAGGGCUGAAGCUAUACAGUCCAUUGUUCAGCUUAUGGCUGAGAAACAAAUGUUUGAGUACUAUGAAGAUUCCUACAAAGUCACAAGCAUAGAUUUUACAAGAGAAAAAGCCAGAGCUAUCUUAGAGGCUUGGCAAAGGAAGUUUACUCAGGUUGUCCAGGAGAUGGGAAAUGGGACCCAGGAAGACAAUCUCCAUGGUUUCUCCUCUACCUCCCUACUGGACAUGCUGAAGGAAUUCUCAGAAGUCAGCUAUGUCAGGGUAGCCCUUGGUUACAUUUUUAUGCUGGUGUAUGCAAUUAUUUCUCUGAUGCGGUGGACAGAUUUUGUGCAAUCACAGAGCGGUAUAGGUAUGGCAGGUGUCCUCCUUGUAGCUCUGUCUGUGGCAGCAGGUCUGGGAAUAUGCUCUGUACUUGGCAUCAGGUUCAAUGCUUCUACCACACAGAUUAUCCCCUUCCUUGCCUUGGGUCUUGGAGUGGAUGAUAUGUUUUUGCUAGCACAUACAUUUGCUGAAAAUGCUAAAAACAAAGAAAUCUCUUCAAAGGAACAAACGGGUGAAUGUUUAAAGAGAACAGGGGUGACGGUGUUAUUGACCUCCAUUACCAAUGCUUCUGCCUUCUUCAUGGCAGCCAUUAUACCCAUCCCUGCACUCAGGGCUUUUGUCUUACAAGCUGCCAUUCUUGUGAUCUUCAAUUGUGCUUCCAUUCUGUUGGUGUUCCCAGCUAUUGUUAGUGUUGACUUGAUACGGAAGGAAGAAAACAGAGCAGAUGUCUUCUGUUGUUUUCCAGGAACAAGUACAACUGAUGUUGUUGAACUGGCUCCACGAGAACGCCAUACAGAGCAUGUGGCUCCCCCUGUCUACAGAGAACCCAGUCCACCACCCAGCUACCAGACUAUAACCCACACAAGUGCUGGGGGUGACCAUGCAAUCACAGUGCUGGGACCACCACAAAGUGAUUCCCCAGUGUCAAGACAGGUGUCACUGUCAUCAGUUGGCCCUCCAUCUGCCUCUUCAUCACGCCAGUGCCUGACACCUGACGAGGGACCUACAUGCCGUGAGCACUGUGCACAGACCCAACAGGAAUGUUGCCAUUUUUCACUCACAAGAUUGGCCAAGUCUAAGUAUGGUCCCAUGCUGGAAACUACACCUGCUAAAAUUCUGGUUGGAGUCUUGUUUAUAGCCCUGCUUGUGUUUGGAGUAUGGGGGAUAGUCAAGGUUAAAGAUGGCCUAGAUCUCACUGACAUAGUGCCAAGAGAUACGAAUGAGUGGAAGUUUCUGGAUGCACAGGGGAAAUACUUUGGGUUUUACAACAUGUAUAUUGUGACAAAAGAUAGUAUAAACUAUCCCAACCAGCAGAAAAUGAUGUUUGCUUUGCAUAAAGAAUUCUUGAAGAUCAAUAAAGUUAUCAAGAAGGAGGAUGGGACUCUGCCAGAUUUUUGGCUAGAAUUAUUCAGACAAUGGCUGCUUGAUUUACAGCUGGCAUUUGAUCAAGACUGGAGUAGUGGCUGCAUUACCACAGAUGGCUGGUUUGCAAACUCCACAGAGGAAGGCAGAUUAGGAUAUUUGUUACUGAUACAGACAGGGGAUGUGGAUGACCCAUACAGGAAAGAACAGGCUGCCACUAGCAGACUUGUAAAUGAUCAAGGCAUUAUCAACCCUCAAGCUUUCUACAAUUACCUUACUGCCUGGGUUACCAAUGAUGCCUUGGCCUAUGAUGCAUCUAUGGCAGAGAUCAAACCUGAACCUCAGCACUGGGUCUACGAUCCUUCAGACCAGAUGGAACUGAGAAUUCCCAAAGCCCAAGCCAUUUUGUACAGUCAAAUGCCUUUUUACUUGAACAACAUGGUGGACAAUCAAGAUGUCAUAGCCACCAUUGAGGAAAUUCGUAAAAUUUGUGACUCUUACACAAACAAUGGACUAGCAGUUUACCCAUCAGGAAUACCAUUUACAUUCUGGGAGCAGUAUUUGCAUCUUCGUUUCUACCUCUUAUUGGCUCUGAUCUGUGUCCUGGGGGUAACUUUUCUGGUGAUCACCCUGGUUUUGAUGAACCCCUGGGCAGGAUUUAUGGUGGUGAUGGUGCUGGCCAUGAUAGUAGUGGAACUUUUUGGUUUCAUGGGUCUGAUUGGAAUCAAGCUCAGUGCCAUCCCUGCUGUCAUUCUCAUUGUGUCGGUGGGCAUUGGAGUGGAGUUCACUGUGCACAUAUGUGUGGGUUUCAUCACUGCCAUAGGAAGCCGUAACCGGCGUAUGCGUAUUGCAUUGGAGCAUAUGUUUGCACCAGUGAUUCAUGGGGCCAUAUCUACUCUGCUGGGUGUGGCCAUGUUGGUGGGAUCAGAGUUUGACUUCAUUGUUAGGUAUUUUUUCAAUGUGCUGACUGCGCUGGUUGUGCUAGGUGUGCUGAAUGGACUGAUAUUGCUGCCAGUGCUGCUCUCAAUAUUUGGACCUAAGGGAGAGGUUCAACCUAAAGACAAUCCAGAUAGAUUAUCCACCCCAACCCCAGAAGCCACACCCCCACCCCAGCGUCCCCCUCGUGCCCUCAGUCGCAGGGUGUAUCCAAGAAUGCCUUCAGACAUAUCACUUACCACUAUAUCCGAAGAACCUACGCAGUAUUCAUCACAUGAGAUCAUAGUUUCACCAGAAGUGGUUGUAGAGACGACCAUUGGGGCAGAUUCAGGGACCCCAGCUUCUUGUAGUAGUACUUCAAGUAGCAGUAGUAAUAAAAAUAACACUUCUUCAUUACCCCAGUCUUCACAGGGUAUCCGCCAUGUCACUACUGUGAGGACGAAAGCUACAGUAAAAGUAGAAGUACAUCAUCCUGUACCAGGUACAGUAGACCAAGAACACAGUUACAAAAGUAAAAGAAGGAAGUUAAAGGAAUUGGAAGGGUCAGAUUCUGAUUCAAGCAACAAGUCAUAACAGUUGUUUGAGCAGCGUCUGAUGUCACACCAUCCAUUUACCACUCUUUGGUGCUGGACCUCACAGUGAAAGCAAUAUUCUUUGUGUAUGGACUUAAUUUAAUUUUUAUAUAGGUUGUUAUGUGUAAUUUAAUGUCCUUGUUUUAUACAGAAGUGUAUAUACACAGAUGCUAUAUAUCUGUUUGUACAGUGUAUUGUAUUAUGUAAGCUGAAAGAGGGCAUCAGUUGUGUGUCAGCUGAUUUAACUAGUUCCCAGGUACCAAUACAGGAAUGUAAAAUACUCGUGUGUUAACUGUAAUAUACUCAUGUGUAUUAACUGUUACAUACUGGUGUGUAUUAACUGUUGCUUAUUCAUGUGAAUUAAGUGUUAAAUACUCAAGUGUGUAUGUAGUGUUUCCACAUUGUAAAAUACUCAUGUAUGAAGUAUCAAGUACUGUCAAAUACUCAGUACUUUGAGGUUUAUUGACCACUAAGUAUUUAUUUGUCAAUGGGAUAUGAAUAGGUAGCAUGGUGAAUGUUGCCAUAUUUUUAUCUGGUCUCUUUUCAUAGAGAUUAUUUUAUUUUUGUUAUAUUUGUAUAGUUUUCAUAGAUUCAUAAGAUUUAGUUUUACUUUAUGGUACCAGUAGCAUCAUCAUCAUAGUUUUUUUUUACACAUAUUUUAUGUCAUAAUAUAAGUGGCUCGUCUUGAGUAAUGCCACCCAGUGAGCCAGCUGCAGUGCUGCAUUGUCAGUUUGACUAAGGUGUGGCUAAGACAUGUUUUACAUGUACAUUAUAUUUUAAAUGUAUACUUAUGUAAAUUCAAACUGAAAUCACCAUUUUAAUAAUUAAGUCUUGUUGGCACAUAGCCAACUCUGUGUGUAAUAUCACUUGUUGUAUUAUGAGCAGCACUGCCCUAUGACAGUGUGUCCGGUUGGAGUAGAUGGACCACCUUUGUGUUCACUGGGGGGCACCCAUAGUUUAAGUAGAAUGGGUUGUGCCUUGUUUUGAUUAGGGGCACCCAUAUUUACGAGUAGAACGGGUUGUAUUAUUAUUGUUGUUAUUAUUUAUAGUAUGAAAUGUGUGGCUGAUCACACAGCUGCAAUCAAACUCUGUAGUCAGUGAAACAAAGUUCUCUGUAUUUGCAUAAAUUUUUUUUCAAAUAUUUUUAUAGUUGCCUUCUAUAGUUGAUUUCAUGCCCCAAGAUUUUACAGAAGAAAAUUGAAAAACCUCCAGAAUCCUUGUAAUUACACUUUAAUAUAUUUACAUUGUGUACAAACUCUGAGACUGUGAUAGCAGAAAGUCAGAAUAUGGAAAAAGUAAUUAUGCUAGUAUUUUAGCCAUGCAGAUCACCAGACAGAUGGUGUCACUUGCAGUUUGCCAUCUUGUCUUAGGAUUUAGCAUAACAAGUACUGGUGUAGGAGCAGAAGGUAUUGGUUAUGUGUUCACCCAUCAAUUCAUUUUAACUAUGCAAAAAAGACGAAUGAUAAAAUAAAAAUAUUUUAUGAAUA